AUGCGGCUCAAACUGUUGGUUAAAGCCUUGGGAGUAUCUGCAACAGCUUUAUCAACAUCAGGGUAAGGUUAAUUUAUUGUUUAUUCUGUAUUUAGGACUUUAGUGCCAUAGCAUGGUACCAACGUGGCGCUUUUAUGCCAGAAUACGAAAUACUGGACCCUUGUGAUGCUGUUUACAACAUAAACAACAGUGUAAAUCUGCAAAGAUCAAUAAGAGCAUUGGAAGCGAUGGCAGACAUUAGUCCGGGCACGGUGGAACAGUGUUUGGCUGGACUAGAUAGGAUCGGAUGGGCUGGAUUGGCUUAUCACAAGUCGCCGUUGUUUUAUCACUAUCAGGAGAAGCAGAAGGCUUCUGAUGAGAGGGAGACGUUUGCUUCGCUUAUGAAGAAGGUGAUUACUGUAUCAGGGUUACUGUAAUUUGGGGUAUAGAUUGAGCUUGACAAAAACUGGAGCAAAGCGUUACGGUGGUUCUUCUCAAAUGUGUGUGCUGAAGAUGAUCUGAUUUGCCAUGAUAAUCAAGAGCCAGAGCGAUCGGCCAGGAGUCAGAGGAAGCGUGUUCAUAAAUGCCUUCAGGUUUUACUUUAUUUGACAGAGGUAAGAGAUUUUUUGAAAGGAUUUUACAUUUAAACGUCCAUGUAAAUGGUUUUAAUAUUACUUUUUUACAAUAUUAAUGUUGUAGUUUGACGAUUGUAAGCCGAUGAUAGAUCAAAAUGUUCCCCAUAUGUUACACAAGCUGUUUGAAGAAUACCGUGAAGAUGAACAUGCAGAGUUAGUCAUAUUGAUGUUCAAAAUACUCUCUAACCUUGUUGGAUAUUCAAAAGAAUCUGCUGAGAUGAUUUUUGAUUCAGGUACGUAUAAUAUGUUAUUUUAUUAUUAAUUUAGGUAACAUUUAAUUAUUUAAUACUGAUAUAAAUUCUGUCAUUCUCCAAUCGCUUGCAAUUAGUGUAACUUUUGUUUUAGAAUGGAUGAAGACUUUGGGUGAGAUGAUAUUGAGGCCUAAAAUGAGGGUAGAGCCAUUGUUGGCCAAAAAAGUGCUCAAGAAUGGUUGUUAUCAGUUAGGAGCGGCGCAUUACAAACUUCCAGCCGACAUCUACGAGUUUUACUGUUCGGACGAUGAACCCAAAUUGGAUAUUGUGUUUGUUCAUGGCUUCAGAGGCUCUGUGUUUAGGACCUGGAGGCAGAAGGACCAAUUGGGUGGUGGCAAAACUACUCAGUAUUGGCCUAUGGUAAGUAAUUUUUUGAUAAUAUUUGAUUAGAAGUUUUGUAAUGAGGAGAUUCAUUAAACUGUACCAAGUAAAUGAUAAAGAAGUUGAAAAAUUUUACUUUAUUUUUCAAAAAAUAUUUUAAAUUGUAGGAAUGGCUACCUGGGGACAUCCAAGCACCAGUACGAAUCUUGGCCAUAGAUUAUGCUACCAAGUUUCUCAGGUUCGGCAAAGUCUCAGAUAGGAUUCAAGAUAGAUCACAGACAUUCCAGCAGUCAUUGUCAAGCGUUGGAGUAGGAGACAGACCUAUUUUGUUCAUUUGUCAUAGUAUGGGAGGACUCUUGAUCAAACAAAUGUUGUUGGGUAGGUUUGGAGAUUCCUUUAUUUUAUACUAUGGUCGUAAACGUUUAUAUGUUGAAGAUGGCGAGGAUCAUAAGAUAUGUCAUGUUUGUAACUGUUACUUUCAGAUAACCCAGAAUUCUUCAAGAAAACAGUAGGCGUAGUGUUCAUGGCCACUCCUCAUCGUGGAAGUCCUGUAGUAGCCUACAUUCAUACGAUUCUCCGCCCGACAGAAGACAUUCGUCUUCUCCGAUUGGAUAGCGAAUACAACAAAGACCUUCAUCAGAAGUUUGCCGAAGCUUCUCAGGACAUUCCCCUGGUGACGACAAUAAUCGAAAACAAAUUAACCCCGAUAUUUGGUACCCACAAGACCAUUGUGCCAGCUGAGAGCGCUUUCUUUGGAAGAGGGACGGUAUAUCACGCAGAAGAACAUCAUCACAAUGUCUGCAAACCAGCCAACAGAGAGUCACUUUCGUAUUGUGUCAUCCUCAACAUGAUUAGGGAUGCUCUUAAGAACUUUAUUUGA